AUGACAGGACUUAUACUUAGUACGGCACAAUUUUCACUUUCAAAAUUGGAAGAUAAACAACCACAUCCAAAAAAUUGGCGACCACAAUUACUUCUAAUUGCAAAUUUACCAUUAGCACAAAAUUGGCGACAAAAUGAAACUAAUCGAAAAUUAAUUAGCCUUGCAAGUCAAUUAAAAAAAGGUCGUGGUUUAACUGUUGCUAUAGCAUUGCAUGAAGGUCAAUCUACCAAUAAAAAUGCUAAGAUUAUUGCGGCACAAAUGAAAAAAGAAUUAUUGGAAGAGAUGACAAAUGCAAAAGUUCAUGAAAAUGAAUCGCAAAUUCCUGCUCAAACAAUUCAAGAAGAAUCACAAACCGGAAAAAAUGAAUAUAUGUUGGAAAUUUCCGAAAAGAAUUCAAAUCCGGCGCAUCUUUCACAACUUGUUCCAUUUCGAAUUGUACAUUCAAAUAAUGAUAUAGAAAAUGACAAAUGUGGACGAAAAUUUAAAUGUGAACGAAAGUUUACAUUCAGUUCAUUUGAAUCAGAAAUAAGCAAUGCUAUCAAUCGAGAAGCAUCAACUAAUUCAUUCAAUCAAUUAGAGGGACAUUCAUCAGAAGAGCGUGUAAUACGUGAAGUUCAUUCGGCUGUAUGUUUAAAUGGAAAAAUAUUCGAGAAGUCUAGCGCAAGUGCAUUGAUAGUAUUAAAUCUUCCAGAACCACCAAAAAAAGAAUCUGCUCUUCCCAAUUAUAUGGAAUAUUUAAAUGUGCUAACACAUAACUUACGACGGGUUCUUUUGGUACGAGGUAGUGGUUCCGAAGUGAUCACCAAAUAUUCCUAA